AUGUUUCAUUCACUCGUCAACAACAAGGAACCCACGAUAGCCGGGGUCUCUAUUAGUAUUACAAUGGAAAACCCUUGUGCUGCUGCAAAGGCCUUACAAAAUCAAGCCAACAUGACUCAGAGCUUGAUAAUGCAACAGAAUAUCCCCGGACUUGCGGAACCUGGGGCUUCCCAGAGGCCACAAGAUAUCGAGCCGCUUUCCGUUCAAGGGCAAUUACAACAGGUUAUAGGCGAGCUUCGAACCUUACAUGCAAAGCACAGUGGUGCGGGUGAUGGUGCAAUAUAUCAAGAUCCCACCAACACUUCGAAGACGUUACAACUCACCAAUAUUCUUCUCACGAUCUGGGCAAGAUCGAUUAUCAAGGGGGAUGUUGGUGUUGAUCUAGUCACCCCUCCUAAAACCAAACUCUUUGUUUGUACAGUUGGAGGUGGUGAACCUCCUCCAACUCAAUUGACCUUGAUUGAUCCAACACCGAGUACUUCAACAAUAAGCAUAGCCCCAUCAACUUCUGGACCAUUCGAUCUCAAUGAUCGUGGAGUUGCAACCCCCCCAUUUGAACACUUCCUUGACUUCUCCAAAAUUUCACCUGCAAAUCCAGCUCACCAACUCGUUUGA